CCACGUCUCGACUACCACGUCACUCGCCGGAGUCUUUCUCGUUGCUUGACGUUAGUUAGCCAGAGGUUAGCAUCUGGCUAUUGAGAAAUGCCACAUUUUCCAGAAAAGGGGGGAUUUUCACAUCUUUGCUCCAUUGCUCUCUAAAAGGUCAUGAUGGUAAAUGAAGACAACAGGACGUGUGGAACAAGGCAGAUGUCCCUCUUCCGGUUUCAUAUUUAUAGUAAUAAGUAAAGCAACAAGUAGAAGAAAUCGCCAUGAUGGGAAGGAUCAGCUUUUCGUGCCUUUUCCCAGCCUCCUGGCAUUUCAGCCUCUCGUCCCAGGUUCUUCCUCGGCUUGUGAUACCAUCCAUCAGACAGCUGCUCUUCAUCAGUCUAGUGGUCUGCCUCAUAGGGCUGCUCUACCUACUGCUUGUUGCUGGAAAGGGGCACGUCAGCUGGAUCACAAAGGAAACUCACUUCCACAGGCACUUAGCGAGAGUCACUGAUAUUGAUGCAACAGAUACAACCAACCCCAACUUGAACUACGGCCUGGUUGUGGACUGUGGCAGCAGUGGCUCCAGGGUAUUCGUGUACUGCUGGCCCCGGCACAACGGUAAUCCCCAUGAACUGCUAGACAUCCGGCAAAUGCGAGAUCAGCACCGCAAGCCAGUGGUCAUGAAGAUCAAGCCAGGUAUCUCCAAAUUGGCUAAAACACCGGAGAAAGCCAGUGAUUAUAUAUACCCUCUGCUAAGCUUUGCUGCACAACACAUCCCCAAACAUAAGCACCAAGAAACACCCUUGUAUGUCCUUUGCACAGCUGGAAUGAGAAUCCUACCUGAGAGCCAACAGGAAGCGCUUCUUGAGGAUCUGCGCACAGAUAUUCCAGUGCACUUCAACUUCCUCUUCUCGGAUUCUCACGUGGAAGUGAUUUCUGGAAAACAAGAAGGUGUCUAUGCUUGGAUUGGAAUAAACUUUGUCCUUGGAAGGUUUAAUCAUGAGCACAAUGACGGGGAAGCUGUAGUGGAGGUACAUGUACCAGGCAACGACCAGCAGGAGACUCUGAUGAGGAAAAGGACCGCUGGUGUCCUGGACAUGGGUGGUGUCUCCACACAGAUUGCGUACGAAGUGCCCAAAACUGUAAGCUUUGCUUCUCCACAGCAGGAGGAAGUCGCCAAGAACUUACUGGCCGAGUUUAACUUGGGGUGUGACGCACAUCACACAGAGCAUGUUUAUCGUGUUUAUGUGUCCACCUUCCUGGGUUAUGGAGGAAAUGCAGCACGCCAAAGAUACGAGGAGAAACUCAUCAGAAAUACUGCCACUCGAAACAAGCUCUUAGGUCAGCAUAUUGGUGAAACAAUAGAGUCUCCUCUCCUGGAUCCUUGUCUACCCGCUGACCUGCAGGAUGAGAUCGGUCCACCUACGCAGCGGCUCUAUCUGCGAGGCACGGGAGACUUUGACCAGUGUAGGCAAAUUCUCCAGCCAUUCCUCAACCGCACCAAUGACACCCAAACCUCCCUCAGUGGCGUCUACCAGCCGACAAUUGACUACAGCAGCAGUCAGUUCUAUGGCUUUUCUGAGUUCUACUACUGCACAGAGGAUGUGCUCCGCAUGGGUGGGGAUUAUAAUGCUUCAAAGUAUGCCCAGGCUGCCAAGAGUUACUGUGCCACCCAGUGGAAGACUCUGAGGGAACGCUUUGACUCUGGCUUAUUUGCCUCUCAUGCAGAUCUCCACAGACUGAAGUACCAGUGUUUUAAAUCGGCAUGGAUGUAUGAAGUAUUGCACACAGGCUUCUCUUUCCCAUCCAGUUAUAAAAACCUAAAGACUGCUUUAUUGGUCUACGAUAAGGAGGUCCAGUGGACUCUUGGAGCUAUACUUUACAGAACACGGUUUCUGCCUUUAAGGGACAUCCAGCAGGAAAGCCUGAAAGGAGCACACUCUCACUGGCGGCACAGCUUUUCCUUUGUCAACAAUCACUACUUAUUCAUAGCUUGCAUCUUCAUCGUUUUGUUUUCUAUUAUACUGUACUUACGGCGACUCCGCCGCAUUCAUCGGCGCGCAGCACAGCGCUGCACCCCCUCCUCUGUACCGUGGCUGGAAGAGGGCCUCAGCUCGCCAACACUCCCCAUCAACCUCUAAAAUUUGUAGAGCGUAAAGUCUGGGCAGCAUGUCUGUUUUCCAAAGCCAAUCUUCACUCCUUUUCUCUCUGAAGCCAUCUCCUUUGUCAGUGACUCUUUGAAGGCUGCUCCCCUUUAUGCGUUUUUGAUAGAUGGUACAAAUAAGCAACAUUUUGCAUGAAUCUGUAGGCUUGCCUGAGAAAAUACUUGUAAUUAAGUUACAAAUUCAUAUUGUUGCCUGUCUACUUUGGGCAAUUCCAAAGUGUCUUUAAUUUAUUUCCAAAAACAAAUGGUACUUUCUCUCUAGGUUAUCCAUAGCUUAAACAUUUUGUAGUUUAAAUUUUUAAUUUCACAAAGUUUGACGAAUAAACUACGAUGGAAUUUUUUUUUUUUCCAAUUUUGUAUUUGUGUGGGUGCUUGCCCUGCUGUAUUCAUUUUCUUUGUGCAUGUUCUCAUCUUUUUUUGUUGUUGUUGUUAAAGUUGUUAGAUAAAGUAAGCACUCUGUUUCUACGGAAACCUCAAAUGCAAUAUGAUUUAUAAUUAGUAGAAAGAGAAUCUUGCACUGCAGUUAAGGCGCAUGUCCCAGUAGGAAUAGUCUUUUUGUGUGUGUGUGCGCGUGCGUGUGCGUGCGUGUGUGCAUCCAAAACUGACAAGUAGCCUCGAAAAGCUAUACUAGUGCAAUACAUGUCUUAUUACUGUUGGGAAAUCCUCCAAAACCCAUCUACCCUUUGGUCUAGAUUUUCAGUCUCUCCGAAGGCCCUGCUGAAAGACUUGCGUUUGGAUAUCUGGCUGUUAGCUUGGAUACAGUUUCAUAUUUUUAUGUUGGGCUUCAUUUUCAGAAGCUGUCAUAUCACUGCUGUGGGGGGGGGGCGGGGGUCUUGUAAACAAGAGCACAUGCCCCGUGUUUUCACAAAUGAAUGUGAAAUAAAUGUUGUAACACUG